UGGGGGAAAUUUUUUUUAUUUUUCCAGUAAGGCACACAGGAGUUGUUGACCCAUUGCUGUCUACACCGUGAGAUCAAACAUUAUUUGCGUUAUUUCUGUGACGUCCCUCUUUCAGAUUUACUGUACAUUAGUAACACAAACUUACCAGCUCCUGUGUUCUUUUUAAAUAAGGCAAACUCCAGUUUCCUUCAGACUGGUUCCCAACAAAGGCACUGUGAUGAUGGUGGGGAGCACAGUGACAUCGGUGCUUACGAUGUGUUAAUACCUAAUGCAAACUCAAGUGAAACCAUCAUCCUGAAACUGGGAGUCGGGGAUGAAUGGUAAUAAUGACUCUGUCAGCAGAUGUGUGUUUCGAGGUGUCUGCAGUGUGUGGGUGUGUCUCUGGUUCCCAUGGCGAUCGUCUGCAUGCUGUCCAACAUCCUGCUGCUGCUUCCCAAUCUGGACAUUAAAUUCUUGCUAGAGGGUCAUGUGACCAGAGAGGCCACUUGGGCCACAGGCCUAUGGGCGUCAGGGAUCAUGGUUCUUGUCGGAGCGCGAGCAAUUCUCCUCAGUAGCAGAACCAGAGGUUGCUGUGCAUUCAGGACACAGAUGUUAAGGCAGGUGUUGUCCUCCGUUCUGUGUCUUCUGGCGGCCUCCACCUGUUGUCUUGUUAGUGUCACUGGUCUUGUUCAGGGUCCUCUCUGUCUGUACAACGCCACCACUGGUCAAACUUGGGAUGUCCCCCUGAAGCCCAGUCCCCACAGUCCAACUCCAUACUUGUAUAACAGGACCCUUUGGUCAGUUUGUCUUCAGCCACAUGGGGUGGUCCAGUGGAAUGUAGUUCUCUUCAGUGUGAUGGGGGGCGCCAGCAUGCUGCAGACUGUCCUCUGUGCUUCCAACAUCCUCAACACGCUGCUGGGACUGAUCGUGGGACCAGGUCUUUGCCAGAACCAGGUUACUCCAGAGCCGGCUCCUCGUGGAUCUUGAAAAAUAUCAGCAAGUAUUUUAUUGUGGUGGGCACUGAUGCACUUUACAUGAACAAAGUUAACAUGAUGAUGAAUGAUGUCCGUAUUUAUUUGCUUACAGUUUAAAGAAUAAACAUGGAAUAAAUAAACACUCAUUUUUAAAUUAA